AUGUCAUACAAUGUCAACGUAGGCGACGCGAUCGGCCUCCCUCGUGCGGACACCUCGCCAGGCCCAGACGCUGCUGACGGUGAUGGCGACCAAUCGUCUGCGAAGCACCGUCGCAACUAUCAAGCAUGCGAAGGUUGCAGAUUGAGGAAGGUGAAAUGCGAUCUUGGUCCCGUCGACGCACCUCAUCCUCCUCCCUGUGCACGAUGUCGACGCGAAGCCAAAGAGUGUACUUUUGCCGACACUCGAAAGAAGAGGAAGUCUCCAAGCCCAACAAGCUCACCACCUGACGACACCCACGUGGACAAGCGCCCUCGCACGACUUCGCAUACUCAGACGCCGUCGCCAGCGACUCAACCUGGCAAUGCCGCUUUCGGGUGGCCCUCAGGUCAAGUAUCACCUGGGCUUCCAAUGCAAGCGCAGCCAAUCACUUCGCCGCCCAACAUGCCGCCACGAUACGGCAAUCCUGGCAAUGCUUCCCAGUCCAAGAAGGACGGAAACAGCGAGCUCAUGAGUCAAGCUGCAGAGAGCUUCGUCCAUGACCCAAUCGCCACAAGCGAGCGCUCGCUGCAUUUGCUCGCCAACACGGCCAACUCCAUGCAGCAACAGGGCCGUACCGAGAUGAAUGCACAGCUCAAGCGCAAGCUCAUCGCACCCGGUAUGCCUCACGUCAACAGAGACGGCAGCAUUCUCGACCCAGAUCAGAUUGUGGCUUAUCGGCACGCGCUGAAAAUAUGGAAUAGCAUGGCCUUCGUAAGGUCUGGAUUCUUCUCGGCAGAAGAGGGCAUUGCAUAUGUCGACUACUUCUACGAUAGGCUGCAACCGAUGACCCCAAUUGUCUUGCCAGAUUAUAGAGAUGUGCGCAAACAUCUUGAGUUGUGGACAUCGGAACCAAUUCUCGCCCUCGCAAUACUCACGGUCGCAUCGCGCUACAAGGAGCUCACAGGUGCCUCCUCAACGUCCAGACAGUACUCGAUACAUGACAACCUCUGGCGGGCUUUGACAAGCAAAGUGCAACGACUUCUGUGGGGCCAGGAGAAGUUUGGUGGAGGCAAACAUGGCAAGACUCGUGAACUAGCAAACGGCCAGCUCACUUGGGUUGGGUCUCUUCGAACUCUUGGCACCAUCGAAGCGCUGUUGUUGCUCACUGAUUGGCAGCCACGCUCACUACAUUUCUCUCCUGGCAAUGACGAGAUCAGUCUACUUGCAGAGAAUUUCAUGGGCGAAGACAAUGGCGAUGGCACCAACUAUCACGAAUCUGACGGGGACAAUCACGAUAAUGCAGCUGGCUCGAGCUGGCUGGAGCCCGCCUGGAGGUCUGAUCGCAUGUCUUGGGAUCUGCUGAGUCUCGCUCAAGCUCUUGCGUGCGAACUGGGCGCUUUUGAUGAUCCUAGGAGCCGUCAUGGUCGCGAUGAUCCUGAUCUCCCCAGAAAGAAUCGCAUACGCCGCAUGCUUACUGUCUACGCUGCUCAGACCAGUGGCAGAAUUGGUAUCCCGUCGAUACUACGAUUCGACGAGACCGUCCUGGACCAGUGGCGGAAUAUCGACAGCACUCGCAGCGAGCGUGUCGAUCGAAUGCAAAGUCUAUGGGCCCACAUCGCAAACAUUAUGGAUGAAGCUAACAGAGAGAUAUUCCCAUCGCGAGAGUACACCAUUAACUUGACCCGGGGUACCAAGUACCGAGAUCGAAUUCAGAAGUUCACACCACUCCUCAAUGACUGGAUGGACCACUUCAAGAGAGAUCGAGGUGUACUGGAUGAGGUCAUGGACAGCAUUCUGCUGAUGGAAUUCGAAUAUGCUCGGCUAUACAUCAACUCGAUCGGCCUGCAGCAUGUCGUUGAGCAGUGGGUCCAGCCAGGUUCCUCGCCCAACAACAUGGUCCGAUCUGUGAGCAACAAUAAGCAGUACAUCGAUCAAUUCACCGAGGCAGCGCUUCACAUCUUGGAAUUGGUCAGUGGGAAGAUGAAUGCUCUCGGUGUGCUGAGGGAUGCUCCUGUCCGAACAUUCUUACGGACUCUGUCGGCCAUGAUGUUCACACUGAAGCGACUGAGCAUAGGCAACCACGAGAAAAUGGUUCGGAAGAGCAUCGAUCUUCUCGAGAAAGUAACCAAACUACUCACCACCCAGGUCGUCGACGAUGUUCAUCUUAGUGGCUCCACAGCACGAAUGAUCGAGGGCAUACUGAUGAAGGUCAAAGAAACCAUGAUUCGCGUCCAGAAGCGUCCUAAUGGGUCCGGCCAACCCAGUCGGGAGCACACCCCAGGACGGGCUCUGUCGCCUCAAGUCAACCACAAUGGUAACGAUCACCACCAACGCUUCAUGGAUCCGAACCAAGCCUAUGGGAAUGGUGUGCCGCCAUUCUCGGCAGGCUACUCCGACCCUCUUGCCAACAUCGAGGCUCGACCAAUGGCUGAGUUCUCCGACCGAACAUUCAUCCCACCGCCUAAUUUCGGUGACUUCGACCCUGCUCUCGACGAUGGGAUUGAUCACAGCGUUAACAGCGAACCGAAUGCAGACUGGCUCACCCUCCCAUUAGAUGCACUGAACAACAUGGACGGUUUCCGCGUCGAUCAAGGCUUUCACGGCAUUGGACCCACCGUGGGCACGCAAGACAUGCUUGAGGUGCUCACGCAGGCUCCGUUCGAUCAGCACACGAUGCAAUGGCUGAAUCAGGAUCAUCUCUACGAUUUUCAAUAA